UUGUCGACGGAGCCUCCAACGUUGGCCUUACUCCUCCGUUGAUCUGAGAGAAGAAGAUGCAGAGCGCUGCUAUCACAUUUGCCCCUUCUCUCUCUCUGUCCACCCGUCCCCGCACCCUUCCCAAUGGAAACCUCCAUUUUGCCCCUCUUGUCUCCACCUCCGCCCCAAGGCCAAAAUCCAACUCGAUUUGGUGCUCGCUGAACCACAACAGCUGGCUGUCCCUGUCCGGGCCCCAAUCUGAUGGAAUUUUGGCUCGGGCAACACCUGAUAACGCUGGGCCGACCGAGAUCCCGAAUCCGAAGAGCUCCGCCGUGGAUACGCUGGUGCUCGGAAGUCUGUUCGGCCUCUGGUACCUCUUUAACAUCUACUUCAACAUCUACAACAAACAGGUUCUCAAAGCUUUUCACUACCCGAUGACGGUAACCCUUGUGCAAUUUGCGGUCGGAAGUGUGCUUGUUCUUACAAUGUGGACUUUAAAUCUGUAUAAGCGGCCUAAUAUCAGUGGAUCCCAGCUUGCUGCAAUUCUUCCAUUAGCAAUGGUUCAUACACUAGGCAAUCUCUUCACGAAUAUGAGCCUUGGCAAAGUUGCAGUUUCAUUCACUCAUACAAUCAAAGCCAUGGAGCCUUUCUUCUCUGUGGUCCUCUCUGCCAUGUUCUUGGGAGAGUUUCCCACACUCUGGGUAGUUUCGUCGCUUAUGCCAAUUGUUGGUGGAGUAGCUUUGGCAUCGAUGACUGAGGCCUCUUUUAAUUGGGCUGGCUUUUGGAGUGCUAUGGCCUCAAAUUUGACUAAUCAAUCGCGAAAUGUCCUUAGCAAAAAGUUUAUGGUAAAGAAAGAGGAUUCCUUAGACAAUAUCACUCUGUUCUCAAUAAUUACCAUCAUGUCCUUCUUCUUGAUGGCACCUAUUGCCUUUUUCAUGGAAGGCUUCAAGCUUACACCCUCAUACCUUCAGGCUACUGGGGUGAAUGUCAAUCAGCUUUACACUAGGUCUCUCAUUGCAGCUCUGUGCUUCCAUGCAUAUCAACAGGUCUCGUACAUGAUCUUGCAGCGCGUAUCUCCUGUCACUCAUUCUGUGGGCAACUGUGUUAAGCGGGUGGUGGUAAUUGUCACUUCGGUUCUCUUCUUCCGCACACCCGUCUCACCUAUCAACUCCCUAGGUACUGGAGUAGCCCUCGCUGGAGUGUUCUUGUAUUCGAGAGUGAAGCGCAUUAAGCCGAAGCCCAAGACGGCUUGAAGUUUUAGUGCUGGAUCAAAAUUUUGUUUUGUUUUGUUUUGUUUUGUUUUGUUGAUGAUUCUGUUGGUAGAAUAGACUAGAAAAUCAACCAUUGUUGUAUGCUGCUUGCCAGUACAAGGUGUUUAUCACGGUUUUUGCUACUAAUAGGUAGGGGUGGGUAGGUACGAUAUACCGUAUCGAAACCACCAUACCGUAUACCUUACCGUAAAUACGGUAUGCGAAAAAGUCAUACUUUUACUUUA